GGGAUUAGCUCUUCUACGUCUCUCUCUAUGCAAAUACUCUUGGAGAGCAUCUCUCUCUAGAAUAUCGAAUAUUGCUAACUUGAGUGUCAGAGUGUUUUCCCUAAGGAAACAUCCUAAAGAAUUUCAGGUGUGGAAGCAGCUGAAGACUUCAACAGUGUUGGAUCAUGAAGCUGCCAAAACACUUCAGAUGACUAGAAGCAAGAAACCCGCAUAUUGGAAGAGGGGUUUUUCCACUUGGUGGUGGUAAUGGAGAAGAAGAAUCUCAUUUACAUCAAGAAUGGGAUUUUCAUUCUGAGGUUGAAGAGGCAAUGCUUACAUAUACUCAUUUUGAUGAAAAUAGAGGAAUUGGCAAGUUUGAGAAUGAGCAAAGGAAUGACAUCAUUAACUUUUCUCUUACUUUUUGGUUCUUGUUUGCAGUUUGGCUUUGCAGCAGACACCAUAACUCCAUCAAAAUCUAUCAAAUAUCCAGAAGCUAUAAUCUCCAAUGGCAGCAAGUUCCAACUGGGAUUCUUCAGCCCAGCUAAUUCUACUGAUCUUUAUGUGGGAAUAUGGUACAACGGUAUUAACCCUGUAAAAGGCGUCAUAUGGGUAGCCAACAGGGAGAAGCCUCUGAAGGACUACUCCGGAACUCUUAUGAUAUCUGAGGAUGGCAAUCUUGUAGUUCUGAAUGGGCAGAAGCAGGUUCUUUGGUCAUCCAAUGUUGAAAAGAUGACAGGUUAUAAUACAAUUGCUAGGCUUCUGGACAUUGGAAACCUGGUCUUGCUGGAUAAAACCACUGGCGUGAAGAUGUGGGAGAGUUUCCAACAACCUUCUAAUGUUCUUAUGCCAACAAUGAAGGUCGGUGUAGAUUUAAGAACUGGUGAGAAAAUCCAGGUGACAUCGUGGAAAAGCCCUUCUGAUCCAUCUGUCGGUAAUUUCUCAAUCGGGAUCGAGCCUUUCGACAUACCUCAAUGCUUCUACUGGAAUAAUUCUCAACCGUAUUGGCGGAGUGGCCCAUGGAAUGGUAGGGUGUUUGUUGGAGUACCAGGAAUGAAUUCUUUGGAUCUUGGGUACAGACUCGAGGCUGACAGAGAUGAAGGAACCUUUUAUUAUUCUUUUACUCUUGGUCCUGAUAAAUAUUUAUUGGACUUUUUCAUGGAUCCAGAAGGAAAAGUAAUUGAACGAUAUUGGACACGGAAUGAUUACCGGGGAGACUAUUGGAUUUUAUGGUCUAAUCCACAAAACGAAUGUGAUGUUUAUGGCAAGUGUGGGCCAUUUGGCAGUUGUGAUUCUCAGAAGCCAACAAUUUGCAGCUGUUUGAGUGGGUUUGAACCCAAGAAUACAGAGGAAUGGAACAGAGGAAUUUGGACUAGUGGUUGCGUUAGGAGUACAACCUUGCAGUGCCAUAGAACAAACAGCAGCAGAGAUGUAGGUAAGGAGGAUGGUUUUUUGAAGCUAGAGAUGAUGAAAAUGCCAGACUUUGCACGGCAGUGGCCAGCAGACACUGAAGACGAAUGCAGAAACUGGUGCCUGAAUAAUUGUUCAUGUAUUGCUUAUGCGUAUGAUGUCGGUACAGGCUGUAUGUCAUGGAAUGUAACCUUGAUUGACAUUCAGAAGUUCUCCAGUGGUGGGAUGGAUCUUUACAUUCAACAAAAGAAAGAUGUAAAAUUAAUCAUCAUAAUAACAACAGCGAUCGUAGGAACCAUCAUCUUUUGCAUCUGCGCAUUGUUCGUAAGAAGGUGGAUGGUGGCUAAAGGAAAAGCAUGGAAAGAGAAAAUUGAAGAAAUGUUGUUUGGUAGAAGGAAAACUAGCACAAUUGAAGUUGAACUUCAAGAGUUACCAGUGUUCAAAUUUGAGGAAUUGGCAACCGCAACAAAAAACUUUAAUCUUUCAAAUCAGCUAGGGCAGGGAGGUUUUGGCCCCGUGUACAGGGGAACAUUGGAAAAUGGGCAGGAAAUAGCAGUUAAAAGACUGUCUAGCGUAUCAGGACAAGGAUUAGAAGAAUUUAUGAAUGAAGUAUUUGUGAUUUCCAAGCUCCAACACCGUAAUCUUGUAAGGCUUCUAGGCUGCUGUGUGGAGCGAGAGGAGAAGAUUUUGGUCUACGAGUUCAUGCCAAAUAUAAGCUUGGACAUGUAUUUGUUUGAUUCAGUCCGAAAAGAAUUCCUAGAUUGGAGAAAACGAUUCAAUAUCAUUGAAGGAAUUAGCCGAGACUUUGGAAUGGCUAGGAUUUUCAGAGGAAAUGAAGAUGAAGUCAAUACUAGAAGGGUUGUUGGGACAUAUGGCUAUAUGUCCCCUGAAUAUGCAAUGGUAGGAUUAUUUUCGGAGAAAUCCGAUGUAUUCAGCUAUGGUGUAUUAUUACUAGAGAUUGUUAGUGGGAGAAGAAACACAAGUUUUGGUAAUGAUGGGGAGACUUCAAGCCUUUUGGAAUAUGCUUGGAAAUUAUGGAAUCAAGACAACGUUUUGGUGAUGGUAGAUAAGUUGGUUUGCGAUCCAUGCCACUGUAGAGAGAUUCUAAGAUGCAUACAUGUGGGAUUGUUGUGUGUGCAAGAAAUGGCAAAAGAUAGACCGUCAAUGUCCACAGUCAUUUCAAUGCUCAACAGUGAGAUUAUGGAUCUCCCUUCUCCAAAACAACCUGCUUUCAUUCUAAAACAAAUUACAACAAAUGCAGAGUCCUCUUCUCAGCAUGGUCAACACAGAUGCUCCAUAAACAAUGUGACUGUUUCAAUUGUUCAAGGCCGAUAAGAUGCAAGCUCAGGUUCUGUAACUUGUUAUAUAUUGUCUUUUUUCUUUUUUUUUUUUUCUGUAAAGUAAAUUCCAAAUAAUCAAGAGCUAUCUUACUCUUGGUAUGAUUGGAUAACUAAAAUAUAAAUUAUUGGUUCUACU